GAGCAAUCAAUUCAUUCCUUAUAUUUGACGGUCGUAGAAGACACAACACUACAGGUAGAACUCACUGUGGGUACCCCCACCCCCACCCCAACCCCACCCCACCCACCAGAUUCUCAUACUGCAUGGAGAAGAUGAGAGGUUCAAGCUUGAGAAGCCUCACAUUAAUGGUGAUGUCUGCAAUUCUUGUUUGGUCAUCAUGGAAUGUCCAAACCUGCAAUGGAACAAGGCAUUUGAGGCCAACCAAGGGCGCCCGCGCCGCCUCCGCCGCCCCUGCUUCUUUGUACAGCAAAACUGGCAAAUAUAACGGCGGCAACCCCCACCAACAAGGCAAUGCCGGUAAAACGAAGCCGAAACGCCAAUCCCCACCGCCGGGAAAGGGGUGCGGGGAGGACGAAGCCGGUGGCUCUGUCUUCAACGUGAUGGAUUUUGGAGCAAAGGGAGACGGAAAGACCGAUGAUACCAAGGCAUUUCAAGCAACAUGGGCCGCAGCUUGUAAAAUGGAGGCUUCAACAACAGAUUUCGAGUUCCUUGUUGGGCCCAUUUCUUUCUCCGGGCCUUAUUGCCAACACAACAUCAUUUUCCAGCUUGAUGGCACAAUCAUAGCACCAACAAGCUCAAAAGCAUGGGGUUUAGGGCUUUUCCAAUGGCUAGACUUCACCAAGCUGGUUGGGCUAACAAUACAAGGGAGUGGAACCAUAGACGGGAGCGGCUCGGUCUGGUGGAAAGACUCCCCGCUCGACGAUCCCAUAGACGACGAAAUCAAACUCAUCUCCCCAUUAAACAACAGAACAAAUCCCCCCACAACAAUUCCAGUGAGAAGUUCACUUGCAGGGAAAAUGCCAAGCUUGAAGCCAACAGCGCUUCGUUUCUACGGGAGUUUCAACGUGACGGUCACGGGCAUCACCAUUCAGAACAGUCCCCAAUGCCACCUGAAAUUCGACAACUGCGUAGGGGUAUACGUGUACAAUUUCACCGCAUCGUCGCCUGAAGAUAGCCCCAACACAGAUGGGAUCCAUCUGCAGAACUCGAAAGAUGUCGUUGUCCAUACCAGCAACCUUUCUUGUGGAGAUGAUUGUGUAUCGAUUCAAACAGGAUGCACGAACGUAUACAUACACGACGUGAACUGCGGGCCCGGGCACGGAAUCAGCAUAGGAGGACUAGGGAGAGACAACACGAAAGCUUGCGUCUCAAACAUCACCGUGCGAGACAUAACGAUGCAUAACACCAUGAAUGGUGUGAGGAUUAAAACAUGGCAGGGAGGAUUAGGGUCGGUGCAGGGUGUCCUGUUUUCAAACAUUCAAGUCUCCGAAGUUCAACUGCCCAUAGUGAUUGACCAGUACUACUGUGACAAGAGAGUGUGCAAGAACCAGACCGCAGCAGUGGCUCUCUCGGGAAUCCACUACGAGAACAUAAGAGGGACAUACACCGUGAAGCCGGUUCACCUUGCCUGCAGCGACAACAUGCCGUGUCUGGACGUGACCCUCGACAGGAUCAAACUGGAGCCGCUGCAGGAGCGGUACCACAUGUACGACCCCUACUGCUGGCAGACAUUUGGCCAGCUGUACUCUCCCACUUCCCCUCCGGUUCGGUGCUUGCAAGUCGGCAAGCCUUCGAGCAACAGGAUUCAGGUCGAUCACGACCAGUGUUAAAAACUUUUUCCUGGGCCCACAACGGACCUCGAGCUUUUCGUUGUGUCGGUUCCUUGUAUAGUAUGUGUGUAUUUAUUUGUGAGGUUGGCGUGGUUUUUGCCAACCCCCCCCCCCCUCACACCAUUAGUAAAAAAAUACUACAUUUUAGUAAGUGUUUUUUUUUUUUGUGUUAGGAUUUUUGUUGAAAGUCAUGUGUCAUAAUGUAUUAACAUUUGGAAUAUAUAGUAAAGAAACUUCUUGGCUGGUU